AUGACCGGCUCAGCCCUGCCCCGAUGGUCCUCUUUGAUGGUGGUGAUUCUUCACACAGGGCUCGGCUGGGCACAUCCGGUGACAGGGAGUCCCUCUGGCCACGAGCUUCAAUCCCUGGAGGACCUCCUUGAGCGGCUGAAGGAGAAAGUUCAGCAAGGGGAUCUGGAAGUUCCCAGCUAUGAGGCAGGGAACGCCGACGACAGCUCCUACCUUGAUCUAGGCGACUCCGAGUCCCAUCCCUUCAGGCAGCUUGACCUUCUGCCCCCACUCCCCCAGGCGGAGGUGGAAGCCCAGUGGAGGAAAUUCUUGGCCUCGCCAAAGCGGAGGAGGCACUUCUCCGGAUGUUUCGGGACCCGGCUGGAACGGAUUGGGUCCCAGACGGGGCUUGGGUGCAAGAUCUACAAACCCCGUAAGGACUUUUGA